CUCACACUCACUGUGGAGGGAGCACGUCACAGAGCUUGGGGAAUGAGCGGCUCAUUAAGAAGAAGGAUGUGAUAUUUUGAAUAGAGCCUGUGAGACUCCCAGCACAUCUAUUUUUAGACCAGAUACCUCUAUGGCAGUCACCGUGGUGUUGGUUAAUUGCAGCCACGGCCCCAGAUACCAAUUAAGAAUGAAACAAAUGCUUUUAAGGUGGGGUUUUGGCUCCUCCCCGUCGGCGAGGUCCUCCUCAUGUCCGUCCUGAGUGGGGGCAGUGAGCGUGUUUGCUCGGGUGUGUUUUCCUGUAUCGGGUCGGGACAUGCGGCGUGCUGUUAAAGCCUCGGUCCGGCUAUUUUUAAAUGAGCCCCUGUGGAAGGCGAGAUCCAGAUUUCCUUCUCGUGAUGCUUGCUUGUGUGUCUGUGGCUGUUGGAUGCCGACCCAUGUCUCACUGACUGCUGCGAAUCUGAGCGCUUCUCAAAGUUCCACCAGGUUAGAAGAGUGAUGACCAUCCUGUUCCUUACUAUGGUUAUUUCAUACUUCAGUUGCAUGAGAGCUGCGCCCCUGAGAGACGCCCCGGGCAUGCGGGGCCACCGGACGGAAGGCUACUUGGGCGCUGCCGCCGCCGCCGCCGCCGCCGCUGCGACGGCCGCACGAGGCCACGGGACUCCACAGGGCGGCAGUGGGCCCGGCCAGCGCGGGGAACUGCCCUCGCUCACAGACACGUUCGAGCAAGUGAUCGAGGAGCUGCUGGAGGUGGAGGGAGAGGCGGCGCAGCUGGGACAGGGGGCUGAUAAGAGCCAGGGAGGCGGGGGCCCUUCCUCUGCGGUCAGCGCAGAGAACAAGGAUGUCAACCUGUACGACUCGCGGGUGAUGAUCAGCAACCAAGUGCCUUUGGAGCCGCCCUUGCUCUUUCUCCUGGAGGAAUACAAAAACUAUCUGGAUGCCGCUAAUAUGUCCAUGAGGGUGCGGCGACACUCCGAUCCCUCACGGCGCGGAGAGCUCAGCGUGUGUGACAGUAUUAGCCAGUGGGUGACAGCUGUGGAUAAAAAGACGGCAAUAGACAUGUCUGGGCAGACAGUUACCGUCAUGGAAAAGGUCCCUGUCCCCAAUGGCCAACUGAAGCAAUACUUUUAUGAGACCAAAUGCAACCCCAUGGGGUACACGAAGGACGGCUGCAGAGGAAUAGACAAGCGGCAUUAUAAUUCCCAAUGCAGGACAACCCAGUCCUACGUGCGAGCGCUUACCAUGGAUAGCAAAAAGAAGAUUGGCUGGCGGUUUAUAAGGAUAGACACUUCAUGUGUAUGCACAUUGACCAUUAAAAGAGGGAGAUAGUGUAUAAAAUGUAUAGAUUUUAUUGAAGAGUUUAAAAAAGAGAAUAAAGAGAAAAUAUCUAUUUGUAUAUAUACAUAACAGGGUAAAUUAUUCCGUCAAAUGAAAAUUUUAUGGACUGCAUGUAAAAAAAGAUGAAGUUUAUACAGUAAAAGUGAUACUACAGUCUAUUUAUUGAACAUAUUCAUGACCUUGUAAACAAUUAAAAAAAAUCUGAUCAGUCA